GGCUGAGAUUCUGCCAAGUCAGAUAAAGUUUCCAUUUGUCGCGUUUCGCGUCGGCAGGUCGGUCCUCUACUUCGAACCCCCUUUCUUCCAGCCUUUCACUCCUUGGUUCCCGGUUUCUUGCACUUGUUUGACCCUGUAUCCUGUUUUCCUGCCGUGUUUUUGCUGUCUUUACCGACUUUGCUGCUGGGAUCUCGAGAUAUAGAUCUCACAUCGCGCGUCCGUUCAGCUCUGAAGAUCCUUGAUCUCUUAACCAUGUCGGGAGGUAGCCUUAAUACUCUCACCAUUACUGCUAUCGUCAGUCUUGUCUGCUCUAUCGCGAUUUCAGCGUCGAUUCUUGUACGGUUCGCAGUCAAAUACUCCUGCGGAGCAUUCAAUCACAGCUCGACCUCCUUUUCCUCGUUUCUAUGUUCGAACUGGCUACGCGCGUUCGGCGCAUUUGAGAGACGCGCUUUUGCGUUCGGAGUGCUAUUAUCUCUCUGUUCGAUCCUGCAGCUCGUGCUCUCAAUCACAGCUAGCAAGAGCGACUGCACCGCAGGCGGAGGCAAUACCUACCCGAUCUUGCUCUGGUUGUCGACAGUCGCUACUCCCGUCGCUCAUCUCGUCUUUGUUCUUCCGUCGAUUUUCGAGUGCACGCGCGCAGUCAAUGAAACUGGAUUCAGCACCGGUCUCUCUGAAGCCUCCUCGCGUCGCGUGGCUGUAAAGGUGUUGAGGUUCCUCCUGACGUUCCUUGCCUUUGGAGGCUUCUCUGUCGCGCUCUGGCUGCCGGUCUAUGUCAUUUACAUGAACGACGCGAGUAUCAACAGCACCUGCUUCUGGCGAGAGGACUCGAUCCUGUACUAUAUGGGCAAGUCGACGUCGAUCGCUGCCUGCGUCGUCUUGGGUCUUUUGGCACUGGGGAUCGUGUGCGGUAGUAUGGCUGCGUACAUUCAUUCUGCUGUGUACAAAGUCAGCUCGCAGAAGGCGGGGUAUCGUUUAGCUUCGUAUGGUUACUUAGCAUGCGGACUCCUUUCGAUUGCAUUUAUGUUCCCCGAGACCGUCUAUCGCGUGAUUUACGCCGACGGCGACCAAUCAGUCCCAUUCAGCCUACGCCUGCUCUCAAUGCUUUCAAACCUCCUCCACUCCGCCCUUCUCUUCAUCGUCACCAUCCUCUCGCUCAGCCUGAUCCCUUCUUCCGACCUCGACUAUGGCGAGCACCCUCUCGACACGCGCGAGAUCUCCGCGCACUUCUCCGACGACGACGACGACGACGAAAAAUCCCACAAAUACUCCCUCUCCUCCUCCUCCCACAAGCAGCCCCACUUCUCACUCACAUUCCACGCCGCCCCGCGCUACGAGGACAAAUACCUAUCUGGAAUCCCGCAAUUCAUGCGCUUCGGAUCCCGACGGAACAGUACUCAGCACGGCAAUCGGGCAGACAACCAUCUCGGCGAUUCAGACGAGGACAGCGCGUUGCCGAUCACGGCGUUUUCGACAAUCAGCGAAAUGCAGCACGGAUACAACUACUCGAUCGACGACGUCGAUAUCGAUUACACGUCCACCCAAUCUUCCUCGCAGGAGCGGAAACAGAAGCCGCAGCAUAAAUUCACCUUCUUUUGAAGUUGACUGCUGUGUUUAACGAUUUGCUUGACGCUGUAUGAUUGUAUAUGUAAUGUCUUUUCUAUUUUUUUGUGGUUGGUGUUUUUGUUUAUGCCUAUUGCGACUUUAUCCUCUUGGAGUUUGCAUAGUUUUAGAUCUCUCUUGUUUAAUGAUGACCAUUUCCUAUCUACGAUUUAAAUCAUCACGCUCUGCGCU